UGCCAAAGCCGACAGUGGCACACCUACCCCAUCUCCCGCUCUGCAACGCUUCAGCUUCUGAGCUUUGCGUAUCACGAAACCCAAGACGAAAGACUGAGAACAAAACGAGGAAGACUUUUCAUUUAAACAUGGAUCCUUGCUACGUAUCAAGACACUGAAGUUUCAACAAUGCAGAAGUGCUUAUUGAAACUGAGGACGUGCCCACCCAUCCACCUCAAAUCACCAGCUGCACACGAGUGUCACCCCGUGCCCCGCUCCUCUCCCGCUGCCUCUUUCCGCUCGGAAGCCUCAGCAUUCACAGCCCUUCGAACGGUUUAA